CCAAAACAACAAAACCACAUCAAGCAAACGAGUUUCCGAGCUUCUCGACCUCGUUUGCAUCACUUUCUUAUAUCCUUAUUACCUUAAUCAACUAUUCAUAAGUUUCACUUGUGAAUAGUUUCUGCGCAAUAAUAUACCUUUUUUUUGUAGAUUAUCUUUUUGGUUUUCAUGAUGGAAUGGUCUUCAAAAUCUGCUUCAAUGGCAUACCUUGAUACCCUUCAACUGUGCGAGAAUCAAAAAAGAAAAGAUGGGAAUUGGAGAGUUGAAAAAAAUCCUGGAAACAAUGAACUUAUAUCAGCAUUAGCAGCAGGAAUGAAAGCGAAAGUGAUAGUGGAAGUGAGUUGUUGUGUGUCGCUAUAUACCAUAGCUCUGGCAGUUGCUGCAAGACAAAGUGGUGGAAGAUUGGUGUGUAUUAUCCCUAAGUCACUGCUUCAUGAAUCAAAACAAGUUAUCAUCAACUCAGGUCUUGAACAACAAGUAGAAUUUAGAACAGAAGACCCCUCAAAGCUUCUAUCUCUCUAUGACAACAUUGAUUUCUUUGUAGUUGAUUGCAGGGAUGAGAACUACACAAGGUUGCUCAAAUUGGUAGAUGUUAGUAUGAAAAGAUCAGUGAUAGUAGUGGCAAAGCAUGUGGUUUGUGAUAAAAAAGGGUUAAGAUGGCAUAUAAGAGGAAAAGAUGGCAUGGAAGUUUCAAGGAUUUGCAUGAAUGAUGGAAGUGAUAAGAGAAGUGGGGUUAGAGAAGAUUAUGUGAAGAAAAGAAGAAAAAGUUCAUGGAUUGCAAAGUUUGAUGAGGAGAGUGGUGAAGAACAUAUUUAUAGAGUACCUCAGCUUGAUUGCUUCUGGAGUUGAAUAACAUCACUGUUUCACAUGCUGCUGCUACCAAAUAAUAGCAUACACCAUUAUUCAGGAACCAUAUAUAUAGCAGCAAAGUAUAGAAUUGCAAAUUAUUGUGUGCCUAAAUUCUAUAUCAAUAGUAAUUUCUCAA